UUACUCUUUGGAUCGAGAUAAGAUUCUCUCUGAUCUGUGUCUUUGAUGAUUGAUCAAGUGCAAGUGUUUUUGUUGAUUGUGGUGUUAAAUUAAAAUUAUAAAACACAUAAAAUAUUCCCAAUAUUCCAGUGAAUUUUUAUUACCAAUAACUAUUUAUGUGGCGUCAUGAUGCUCGGAGUACACUAGAAGGCUUCUGAAAUAAAGAGAUCUAGAGCCAAGCAUCCAUCAUGUUCCCAAAACCGCCCUUUGGGACUACCACCACUGGGUUUGGUUCCUUCAACGCCGGCACGAGCGCCGCCUCGCCCUUCGGAGGGUUCAAGCCCACGGCGAGCACCAGCGCUUUUGGCGCUCCGCCCGCCUUCGGAGCCAAUACCUCGCAACAGCCCGCGACGGGAGGAGGACUAUUCGGCGCGACCAACACUACUGGAGGACUAUUCGGAAACACGUCCACGCCGUCUACGUUCGGCCAGACUAGCGGCUUCGGCUUCUCGGGCAACACGUCGGGCGGCGGACUAUUCAGCAACAAUGCCGGCACUGGACUAUUCGCCGGUAACCAGAACACCAGCGGUUUCGGGGCCAAACCUGCCGGUUUUGGCUUCGGCAGCACAACAGCAACAGGCACGACGGGUGGACUAUUCGGCUCCGCGCCCUCCACAUCGACCGGACUAUUCGGACAACAGAACAACACUAUCGGCGGGACCGGACUGUUCGGGAAUACCACAGGUGGUUUCGGUCAGCAAGCGCCCACGGGCACCGCCCACGUGAAGUACAACCCGGUCGUGGGCACCGACGUGGUCGUCAAGUCGGGCACGUCCCAGAACGUCAACAUCAAACAUCACUGUAUCACUUGUAUGAAGGAGUACGAGGCCAAGUCUCUGGAGGAGCUCCGGCUCGAGGACUACAUGGCGGGCCGCAAGGGCUCCGCUGGCGGAUCCAUGUUCGGUGGUUUCCAGCAGACGGAGAACAAACCGCUGUUCGGGGGCUCCACUUUCGGCCAACCGGCGACGACCAGCGCGCCCAGUCUCUUCGGCGGCGCCAUCGGAUCCACCUCCGGCUUCGGACAGACCAACACAUUCUCGUUUGGUAGCAACGCACAGACCAGCACCAAUACAACGGGUCUCUUUGGAGCCAACAAGCCAGCCUUCGGCGCCACACCCGCCGCCGGUACCAGUUUGUUUGGCGCGACGACGACUCAAGCGCCCGCGUUCGGCACCAACACAUCCACUUUUGGCUUCGGCAGCAAUACACAGAAUCAGACCGGUGGUUUGUUCGGCGCGAAGCCGGCGACCGGGGCUUUCGGCGCGACGCCCGCUAGCACGGGCUUCGGCGCGUUUGGCGCCGGCGGUUUGUUCGGCGCUAAGCCGCAGCAGACCACCGCGCCUACCUUCGGCUCCACCGCGCCCGCUUUCGGCACGUCGACCGGCUUCGGCACGAACACGACGGGGUCGGGACUGUUUGGCGCCAACACAUUCGGCAAGCCGGCGACCACGCAACCUUUUGGGUUCACGCAACCCACCCUUGGUUUAGGCGGAGGGUUAGGCACGUCUUUCCAGAGUAAACCGGCGGCGCCCGCCUUCGGCACUCUCGGAGGAGGCUCCCUCUUCUCUCAGCCGAACGCGGCGCCGAGCAACACCUUCCGCACAGGCCUCGACUCGGGGUUGGGGGGUGGCAGUCUCUUCGGCAACACGUCCACACUGGGCGGCACCACUCUGGGAGGUCUCGGACAAAUUAAUACUAACAACAGUUUAAUGGGCGGCUCUCUGUCGGGCGCGUCCGCGGCGGGCAACGUCCACGAGCACAUGCUGGCGCUCGCCGCGCGACCGUACGGCGACACCGGACUCUUCAAGGACUUGCUGCCUGACGCUUCGUCCACAGCAGAAGACGUGCUGAAACCCACCAACCCGCGCGCGGUGAAGGCGGUGUUGGACGGCGCGGCGUACCGCGUCACGUCGCCGCCGCCCGCCGCGUCGCGCCUCAAGGUGUUCCCGCGCCCCGUCGCCUGCGCCAGAGACAAGAAGUCCCUGUUCGACGGCUUGGAGGAGUCCGACCCCAGUAUAGAGGACAAGUUGACCCUCAAGCCGAGCAGGAAGCGGCUCGUCCUGCGACCCAAACGGACGACGGACGACGACGAGAUUGAUCAUGCUGAUACCAAUAGAUCAUUGGACGACUCGCGUCCCAUAGACACGACCCAAGAUCAGAGUCACAGAGAGAUGCAAGAGCAGCACGUGCAAGCGAGCAAAGAGGAUGCGACUACACGAGAGAAGGAGAGAAUAACAGACACGGAUAAUAAUAAUUCCGAGUCCUUCGACAGACACAGCAGUUGGUUGGGUCCCAAACAAGGUUGGAGCGAUAAAGAGAAACCAAUCGACAACGAACCGACGCCGAGACUGUAUCCCAAUUUAGACAAGGAGUUGCCAAUAGAAAUGUCUGAGAGACGAACUAGUUGGUUAACGACGAAGCCUCUGUGCAAGCCGCCGCCGGGCGCGCUGUCGGCGGAGAACUCCGUGCGCCACAUGGGCCUGCGCCCCGACCGGAGUGCGGAGGACAAGGAGAACAUCGACACCUCGGUAUCGGAAGGGGAGCUCCCGCCCACCAGGGAGGCGCCCCCCCACCCGGCGGGAGUCAAGCUGACCAGGCCGGGGUAUUACACCAUCCCAACGUUGGACGAAAUGACUAAUUACAUACGUCCGGACGGCUCGUGCGUGGUGCCGCACCUCACCAUCGGCCGCAAGAACUACGGCAACGUGUACUACGACUGCGAGCUCGACGUCGCGGGGCUGGAUCUGGACGCCUUGGUCCACUUCAUGAACAAGGAGAUAUUAAUCUACCCCGAGGACGAGGACAAGCCGCCGGUGGGCCAGGGGUUGAACCGACGCGCCAUCGUCACCCUGGAGCGCGUGUGGCCGAGGGACAAGACCGAGAAGCGACCCAUCACCGAACCCGACAGGUUGCUGAAGAUGGACUACGAAGGCAAACUCCGGCGCGUGUGCGACAAACAUGACACGAAGUUUGUGGAGUAUCGCCCUCAGACCGGCAGCUGGGUGUUCAGGGUGGAACAUUUCAGCAAAUACGGUCUGACGGACUCGGAUGAGGAAGAUGACGUCACGCCCGACAUUUUGAAGCGACAGCUCGUCACACAGACACUGCAAAAGGCAGCCGCGCCCGCUCAAAAACCACCAGUGGUAACCUCCACGCCGGGCCCCAGUGCAGGCCUCGGUGGCCUGGGAGGCCUGGGCGAGCUCGGCGGGCUAGGAGGCCUGGGAGGCCUCACCAACCUGGGCAACAUCACCGGAGCGAACAUCUCGGCCUCGGACGAGUUCUUUGCGAUGCAGCAAACGUCGCUCAACCUCAUGGAGGGCACUUCUAAAGCGUUUGACGUGGAAGUUAUUGAAGACAACACAGAGGCGCAGAGUCUUUAUGACGACAACAGAGCGUACGGCGUAAAGAGUCCAACAAGCGAGCUGGCGCGUUUAGAGAACAGGCAGAGUCACCACGUGCAGCUGAUGAAGGCGUCGCUCUACGCUGACGUCGACGCAGAAAUGGAAGACGACACCUCAGUAUCUACCGGCGAGCAACUGGUGCCGCACCCUAAGACCAGCGGCAUAAGGUCGAGUGUCGCACAGUCGGCGCCGAGCGUGCUGCAGGAGAGGAGCUUCGAGGAGGUAUCCCCCACUCUGAUCGCGCAGAGUGAAGAUGUGAUAAUGCGCCCCCUGGUGGUGCAGCCGUACACCGUGGUGCUGAACUACCAUCGGAAAGUGCCGCCCUUCAGACACACCAUCGCUGGUCGCGUGGAUGCCGCGUACGUAGCAGAUAUGUCCGUGAGCCGCGCGCGCCACAGCCGCGUGGGCUUCGGACCUGCCGGCGCGCUCGCCUACGUGUCGUCCUACGAUACUAUCAACGACCUGCCCAAGAGUGCGGAGCUCAACGAGCUCGGCAAGUACGUCGCCGGACGCGGCGCUGACGACUGGAGCGAGCCCACCGUCGCCAGAUUGGCGGUGGGGCUGGCACAGUCCGACGUCGUCUAUGACACACUAUCCCGCCAGUUGGCCAGCCUUUUGGAGUUCUCCACAGUGUCCGACACGGACCCGACACGACCGGACGUGUGCCCGCGACUUGUCGUGCGCGAGUCGCCGCGCGAUCGUCGCGAGCUGCUGCGACGGUUGCUGGACGAUGCGAGCAAAGCCAGGGAAUUUACUGCUAGCUUCGGUGUGUCGAGUGAAUACAGCCUGCAGGUGUGGAAGCUGUGCGAAGCUCUGUGGGGUGCUGACUUGGAUAACGAUGGUGUUCCCGGAACUGACAUCCAGUCGAAGGUUCACCGGCACGAGUGUCUCCUGCAGUGGCUCAAGGAGUGCGUCGCUUCGGUCACCGAUAAGGAGCUGGCUGAACCCACCAGAGGGGAGCCCGAAGACGAGCUGGACGGUCACAGCGCGCGGGUGUGGACCCUCCUCCUGGGGGGCCGAGUCUUGGAGGCCUGCAAGCUGUCGCGGGACUGUGGGGAUUUGAACAUGGCCGCGCUCAUCGCACAGGCCACAGGAGAUCCAGCCUUCAAGUCCCUGAUAGCUCGUCAAAUCACCAACUGGCAGGAGUGCGGGGCGGAGACCCUCGUCAGCGCCAGCCGGCGCGCCUCGCUGCAUCUCAUCGCAGGGCUUCGCCCCGCCGGCCACCUGGAGACCCUGGACUGGCUGCGCGCCCUGAGAGCCACCGCCAGGUACCUCUGCCCCCAAAUCCCGACCCUGGAGCAGGUGGUGCGCACGUACGAGGGAUACUUCGGUGCUGGUGAGGAGUUGGAGCUGGCCACCCUGCCGGAAGACGAGAUGGGGAUGCAGUUGCCUUUACCACCCUAUGACGACGUAUACACCAUUACCACUGGGAACGGUACCCGUCGCUCGCUGGACCUGCGCUACGAGCUGAUCCGAGCACGCGCCUUCAACAGCCGCCCCAGGCUGAGCCCCGCCACCUACUCGCCCGACCCCUUCGACUACAGCCUCAAUUUCCUGUUGGGUGUUUGGCUGGGCGCUGGGUCGGCGGCUUCGGUCGCGGGUGCGGCCGAGCAACUGGAGGCGCUGGGCGGCUGGCACCUCGCCGUACAGGUGCUGGCUUACCACCCGGACGACGCGGCUCGCAGUCACCUGAUUCGAGGAGUAAUAUCGCGUCACGCGCCCAGCGUGGCGGACACGCCAGAUGUUCGCUCGCGGCUCGACCUGCUGAGGAGACUGGGCGUGCCCGAGCGGUGGGUGUUGCUAGCACAGGCGCACAGGGCCAAGUAUGAGGUGAGGACACCAUCUUGUCUUCAAGUAAUUCGAGGAGUAAUAUCGCGUCACGCGCCCAGCGUGGCGGACACGCCAGAUGUUCGCUCGCGGCUCGACCUGCUGAGGAGACUGGGCGUGCCCGAGCGGUGGGUGUUGCUAGCACAGGCGCACAGGGCCAAGUAUAAGGUGAGGACACCAUCUUGUCUUCAAGUAAUUCGAGGAGUAAUAUCGCGUCACGCGCCCAGCGUGGCGGACACGCCAGAUGUUCGCUCGCGGCUCGACCUGCUGAGGAGACUGGGCGUGCCCGAGCGGUGGGUGUUGCUAGCACAGGCGCACAGGGCCAAGUAUGAGCGCAAACCCUCACUGGAGGUGCAGUAUCUGGUGGGCGCUGAGGAGUGGACCUCCGCGCACAGAGUGCUGGUGGACGAGCUGCUUCCCGAGGCGGUGCUGGCUGAUAACCUGCAAAGCAUAAAGGGUGUGCUGGAGAAGAUGAGUGCAGCCGCGGCGCGACACGAGGUGGGCGGCUGGGAGACGGGCGGACAGGCUCUGUACCAUUAUCUGAGGGUUUGUGACGAGAUACGCGGUCUGGUGAACGCGGUGGAGGCGAGCCCCCCCUCCGGCAGCGGGGGGGUCACGGCCCGCCUGGAGGCGCUCCGCCCUGCGCUCACGGCGGCCUGCCGCGCGCUCAAGGGGCUCAGCCCUAAGAGCGCAAGACACGCGGCAGCGCGCGCCGAGAUGGGAGCUCGACUUGUGCAGCUAGCAUUGGCGGCCGGUGAACCCCCGCCGCACCUCGCAGCAUUGCUGAAACAGCUGCGUCUGCCCCCCGACACAGCAGCGCAAGCUGUGCUCAAGAUAACAACAGACCUAGCUGAAAAAGCGUCAGAGUUGUGUAUCGACUCGACACCUAGCUCGCCGCUCUCUUCGCACCACAGGACUGCAAUCAAGAGUUAGAGCGAGACAUAUAUAUUUCCAUACAUUUCCUUUUUCUCAAUUUCAGUUUGUUUUUAAUAUCUAUAAAUUAGUAUUUGUAAUAAAUUAAAACAUAAGGAAAUUACUUGAUUGUAUUUAAUGAUUUAAUUAAUUAAAACUGUAAUUUAUAAUUUAAUUCAAUCUGUUUUGGUUGUCUGCAUGUAUGUAGUUAAAAAUAAGUAUCUUACAUGUUUGUGUAUGCUCAAUAGGGCUAGAACCCAGAGCAGUUCCAGUAAAAAAAAAUAUAAGUUUUUUUUUUAAUUUCUCUUUAUAAAAAAAUCAAUACAAAAAUUCAAAAUUCAUUUAUUUCAAGUAGGCUCAGUUUACAAGCACUUUUAAAACGUCAGUUGACUAUUUGUAAUCAUUCUACCAUCAGAAGGCAGAAAACAAAAUCUACACAUGGAAAUGCAUGUUUUUUUGCUGUUUAUAGGAUGUCUAGGAUUUUAUUUUGAAUUGUUUGUUAUUAACAAUUAAAUAAAUCAAUUGUAAAGAAUAUUUUUCAAGAAUGUUGUAACCUUAGUACUACAUGCAAAAUCCAUGGAAUCUAUACUAAUAUUAUAAAGCUGAAGAGUUAGUUUCUUUGUUUGAUUGAACACGCUAAUGCCAGGAACUACUGGUCUGAUUUGAAAAAUUCUUUCAGUGUUAGAUAGCCCAUUUAUCGAGGAAGGCUAUACGCUAUAUAUUAUUCCCGUAUUCCUACGGGAACGGGAACCACGCGGGUGAAACCGCGCGGCGUCGGCUAGUAUUAUAUAAUUAAGAAGAAAUAAUCGGCGUCGAAUUAAAAAAAAUAAUAUUAAUAGAUAACUUUAAUCUAUUUUAGUGUUCCUAUUCACACACUAGAAAUAUGGAAAUCUAAAACUUAGUUUAUUAAUUUUUUUUUUUAAUUUUCAUACAGAGACAAAAUUUGGUAACCAUACAGCCCAUUUAUUAUUACCAUAGAUAGAUUAUUAUAUAGAGGAAGAUGGCUGACUUGCAUUUUAUAUCAUACUUUUUCUGUCUACGAUUAUCCCACAUUAUUAUUUGACAUUUUGUUAAUGAAUAAAAUCCUUUUGUAACUUAUUUAUUUAAUUUUCACUAUUUUUGGUCAAUAUAUGUAAAAAAAAAAUAAGAAUUGUUAAUUAUUCUGACAUGUUCUAAAGUUCCAUUCGAAAUAAUGUAUUAUAAAUCUUAUUAAAAUAAGUACCUACCUUGCGUUUUUCUAUAUAUUUUUUAAAUUGUUAUUUACUGUGAAUGUAUUUGUAUUCCGCGUUCAGAUGCGAAGGGCUCGAAGGAAUUAUUAUUAAGCAAUUUUGUAAGUAAUUGAAUGUCAAAAUUUACAAUAAUGCGCGAUGCUUUGUUCCGCUUGGCGCUCAUGUGAAUAGACCCUUUUAAAUGAACGCGCCAAAAUCUUAAAUUAUAUUAUUUGAUUACUCAGACUAAUUAACUUUUAUUGUACUUGUAUCACACUCAAAUUCACCAACAAAGAUAUCUGUCGUUUUUUUGAGGGGGACGAGGUAAACUCGCACAUCGAAAUUUAGCACCAAUAAAUAUAUCACAACUAUACAUUUUUUUUUUUGGCUUACUAGUGAUUGUUACUAUCAUAUGUACCUAAUCUAGCUUAGAUUAGGUAUAUGUUUUCACAAAAUGACACAAUUUUGUUUGUGAAUAUGGGUGCAAUACUAGUCCUUAUGUAAUUAGUCUGAGUUAAAACCUGAUAACUUUCAAAGCCAAUAUAGUCCAAAACUCCUAUGGUCCUAGCAUGGGCUAACUCAGGUUUUUUAUAUUUAUAUAUUCUUUACAAGUUAGCCCUUGACUACAAUCUCACCUCAUGGUAAGUGAUGAUGCAAUCUAACAUGGAAGCGGGCUAACAUAGUAGAAAGAAGGAUGAAAAUUAUCGCUAAAUCGUUUGGCGGUACGUCGCCGGUAGGGUGGUAACUAGCCACGGCCAAAGCCUCCCACCUACUUUACUUUUUGUAUAAUGAAGUAGGAGUGACCAUUGCACGUUCUCAUCCUAGUAAUUAAUUUUAAGUUUUGUGCUUGUUUAAAAAAAAAUACAGCUUUUGGUGAAAUAAUGUUCCGUUUAAAAUAAAAUAAUAUGUAAGUAGGUAUUUUUUUGGUAUUGUAAUGUAUUGUUAAUGUGAUUUUUUCCAAAAUAUAUAAUUUGUAAGAUUA